AAAAGGAAAAAGAAAAAAAAAACCUCCCUCUCCCUCUCGCUCUCGCUCUCUCGUGCUCCCUCGCCGUCUCCCUCUCCCUCUCACUCUCUCGUGCUCCCUCUCUCAAUCUCGCUGCCACUCAGCUUGUGGACGAAAGGUUUCUUCCUGUUAGGUAAAAACAGAGGGUUUCUUCCCAUCUUGCUGCCACUCUCCUUGUGGACGGAAGGUUUCUUCCCGUCAGGUAAAAACAAAGGGUUUCUUCCCGUCAGCCCCUCGUCGUCCUUGGUGAUCAACUAGCUAUAGGAAAGGAAACCGGUUGUUGUCUGGGAAUGGGCACCAACAUGUACCCGUCAUCAGCUUUGCUAGGACAGAACAAGGAUGAGUCAAUUGCUGCUUUGCCAAUUGAUGAGCUGAUAGAGAAGGCCGAUGGUUUUGCUAAUGUUUUCCCUAAAUGCAAAAUUGAAGGGGACUAAUGGUACUACGAAAGAAAGUUCCAAGGCAUGGUAACGAGUAUCUCAUUUGCUUCUCUUGUUUUGGCCUAUAUAUUUCUUUAAUACCAACAAGUCCCAAAUAAAAUUGUUCUGUUUCAAUUCAAUAAAUUGGUUUAGGUGUUCAGUGUUGCUACUUCUUGAUGUUGGUAACAAAGGGAUUGUGUUAUUUGCAGAACAUCAACAUUGCCAUCAUUGUUUGUCUUUGUGGUAUUGCAGGUCUGGCAAACAAGAAGACUGUGUUGAUUCAGCCAGCAGGGAAAGAUCUUUCUGUUGUGCUUGCAACGAUGAAGACAAAGAACCAAAACUGUCCUGCAAAUCUGUACCAUAGGUCAGUCAUGAAGAAGGAAUUCCGACAAAUGGCAAAGGCUGUUGUUAACCAGACUGGAGAUUUGUGGUUUGAGGGUCGUGAGCGCAUUCGUCACACACGAGACUGGCUCUUACAACUUAAGGAGGUUGUAGAUGUUCCUGAAGAUAUCUUGAAAAUCAAACAAGAGAUUGAGUCUGAACUUUUUGGGGAUGAUCAGAGUACAAACAAUUUAAGGACUUCCUCUUCUUUGUAAGGACUCGCUAGAGUAUGUUUCUAAAAUUGUGGAUGUUCUUGGACAACUCCUCAU